AUGGCCGCCGUUCCACGGGACUUGCGAGACGCGGAUGGCGUGCGGAGGAGAGAGUCAUCACCGCGGCCGGAUCGCCAACGCCGGCCAAGGUUACUGAGAGCCAGCGCAACGGAGCCGACUAUAACGACAACGUCCAAUGCCAGCCGCGGCGCCAUAUCGAGUCCGCAAUCAUCCCAGAGAGCGACCGAACUGCUGAACCGUGUGGCCGUCUACUCGGGCCAUCCGCCCGAGUACUCACCUACUUCAGAUGCCGUACCACCAAUGGUCUCACUCAGCGCCGAAGACGUCACUGUUCCGGCAACAAAUCGUGUACAAGGUCAUCGGGAACCUCAUCCCUACUCAAAUGGCUACUUCAGCUUUCCUAAUUUCGACGCCUGGGAUGGAGAGCGGAGGGGCGACGACAAAGAGGUCAUCUGA